CGGCGCACAUUUAAGGCCGGCUUUCAGCGUCCGGGGCGACAUUUCUUCUCGGCAUCAUCUCCAAGACAGAAGCAUCACAAUGAGCGGACGAGGCAAGACCGGCGGAAAGGCCAGAGCCAAGGCGAAGACCCGUUCCUCCCGCGCAGGGUUGCAGUUCCCCGUGGGCCGCGUCCACAGGCUGCUGCGUAAAGGCAACUAUGCGGAGCGUGUCGGUGCCGGAGCGCCCGUCUACCUGGCCGCCGUGCUGGAGUAUCUGACGGCUGAGAUCCUGGAGCUGGCCGGCAACGCUGCCCGCGACAACAAGAAGACGAGGAUCAUCCCCCGUCACCUGCAGCUGGCUGUGCGCAACGACGAGGAGCUCAACAAGCUGCUUGGUGGAGUCACCAUCGCCCAGGGCGGUGUGCUGCCCAACAUCCAGGCUGUCCUGCUGCCCAAGAAGACCGAGAAGCCCGCCAAGGCCAAGUAAAGCGGCCCAACCACCAACCUGCUGCUCAAAGCAGCCCCACAACGGCUCUUUUAAGAGCCACCCACUUAAACUGCAGAGCAAUGAUCCUGUGAUGCGUCUACGUUGAUUUAUUUUCAGUUGGUAUGAGGAGCCAGUCUCUUUAAAAUGUGACAAACUGCGCUAAAUUCUGUAGGACACAUGUUCGUGUUUUAUAAAUACCCGUCUACAUGUGUACAAGGACCAAAUCCAUCAGUAUUUUGAUGCAGAGCUGCAAGGUCUGCUCAGUGGAGUUCUUUUUCACUUUUCCACCCGGAGUUUGCCCUCAGCCUUUGCUCCACAUUUGGUUUAUUUUAAGAAGCAGCAUUGCCUAUUGAAACUUAUAAAGUAUUCAAAAUGUAUAGAUUCCUUUAGAGGGAGAAAAUCCACAUAAGGGAAAAUGCCAUGAGUCGAAGACUUCUUCACCUGUGAAACAGGUGGCAGCAAAUGUCCUCCAGGCUGCACUUUGGACACCCAGUUCUAGCCCUGUUUUUAAUUUAAUAGGAACACUUAAGACUUUUACUAUUAUUCUGUGCGGUAGAAGCUGAACAUUUGGAAAACGCUGUUUCAGGACCCUUAAAUGCUUAUAGAAUAAUAACUAACAUGGCUGUUUUAAAUUUUCAUCCUCAAGGAAUAAAGCAACUUCUAGUAAUCAGUCAUGACCUCAGGAGGUGCAGUGAUGUUCCUCAUUUUCCCCUUUUUGCAUAUUUUAAUCAGGAACAUCGAACAUGUAACAUGAUGGCCUGUAAGUGUCGAAGAAGCAGCCGUUGGGUUUGUUGAACUAAUCAAUCAAUCAUAUUCAGUCUGACCCCUGACUCAAUCAUCUAGUUUACAGGGAUUUUAACAAAGAAUAGCAGGACUGCCCCCCUCCCCCCAUAUUGUAGACGUGUGUCCUCAUUUAGAUGAAAAGCUGCUAACAGACUCAUUUGAACUAAACAAUCGACACAGGAUCCAGUGAAACUCUUGUGACCAAGUAAAGAAAUGCCUGUGUAAAUUCUCAGUUAUCCGGGUCAUCGCAACAGCAAACAGGCUUAAAUCGGAGGCAAGCGGACUUUCGUUCAGUUCUUUCUGAAGACGUUGCACCACCUAUCCUGGAGUCUUUGUCAUUUCUAAUGGCUCACACUUGAACAACCUGUAGUUGGUGCACUGCUGUUUUUUUAUAUGGAGACCCAUCCUUCUAGGUGCAUUCUAAGUCAGAUGCAAAUCAAUGACCCACCCACCACUGUCAUGGGUCAUUAGAAGUGUGAGUGGAGUACUUGGUCACCUGAAUCAUGAUGAUACUGCUAUGUAAUCUCGUUGGAAUGUGGAGGACCGAGCUGUAAACAUUGGGGAUUUGGAAACGCUAUCUUCCCCCUCUGUUU